AUGCAAUUUUAUGCCACAACAACAUCCAAAGAAUGGUCCAGACACACCCCCAAGCAAGUAUUUAGCAAGGAGGCCCUUUCGACACAGCCCGACACACCCUCCCUCUCUUCCUCUCUGCCCGUUCACCACCAUGUGCCCCCACCGACUCCCACACAUUCCAAGACAUCUCACCACCCACCACCACAGACAACCAGACCAGAAAUCACCGGCCGCCUGACAGCCAUGAGGGUCAGCUCGCCCUUCAAAUCCUCGCCCAGCAAGGCGAAACAGUCCCGCUUCAAGGAUGAGGACGGCUGCUUUACGCAUCGUCUCCCGCAGACACCACCAAACCCGGUUGCAGCUCACUGCGCAACUUCACUAGACAUCUCAGCGUUUCCUGACAAGAAGACACUAACCCGUAAGGUAACUCAGCCCCCUGGUCGCAAACGAUUCAGCCCUAUCAAGACCAAAACGUCCAAGAAACAGCUCGCCCAGCAACAACACCCCCUGUGUCCCACCCCAGCGGCAGCAGCAAUCACACAACCCCGAUCCCAAAAGAGCAGCAGCUCGUACAGAAGACCCCUCCUAAGUCACCAACAGUCGCGGACGGCGUCCAGUUCCACGACCCACCACCAUAGGAUCUACCUACCGGAGAGCAUUUCAUUCACUCACCAGCGACGAAACACGCUGUGCGCUGAGGACGAGGACGAGGACGAGGACGAUAAUGAUGAAGAACAAACAGAAGAGGAGCCGUCGCCGUGCGUGGAGAUCGUCUCCCGGAAGGCCACGACCAAAAAGCUCGGGCUGGCGUCGCGGGUGAGGCGGCGGCUGCAGUUUGCGACGGCGGCGUCGGCGAUGGGUAGUCCAAAGGGGUGGAUGGCGCCAAACAAGAGGAAGGAGAAAGAUGGGAAAGAGUCGAUGCGUAAAGGGUUUCAGAGGUUGGGCACGGCGGAGGGGUCGCCGGAGGAUGUGUUUCGAGAUUAUCAAAGGGAAGGGUUGGUUUGUGGGUCGUGA